AAAGUUGGUUUUCUUUUUGGUGGUAACUUUCGUGAAUUGCCAGAGACUAAAGCAUGCACUUGCCUGAAUGUAAAGUGAUGCACACACAGAGGUUCAUUUACCUCAAAAGCGAGCAUUGCAACUCUUGCUAACAUGUAGCUUUACUAACUAGCAUGUGCAGCUAACUGAGCUAGCAGGAACAGCUAACCUCGGCUAACGUCUGGGCCAUGUCUGUCAUUGCUUCACUCAGACGGACGCCACAGUUCAUAGUAACUGAGCCUGUGAAUUGAGAGAGAGAGAGAGAAACACCAGAAUGGGAAUGCUACAGUAGCAAGACUGUGCCAGAACUGAGGAAAAUCUUUCACCCCUCUGCUGCAUUUAGAGCCGCUGCAAAUUUUUUCGUGGCAGCUUGACAGCAGAGCAGUUUGACAAAAAGACAAGACGUUGGAUGCAUCCCCCGCUUGAGCGAGAGCCUAGGGAUGUAUAAUGACUAAUUGAAACUCGCUGAAUCAAUGGACAAGAGGAAGUACCCUGGCACAAUGUUCAGGCAAGCGGAUGGGUCAUCUAAAAGACGCCCUUGUGGUGGAAGCGGGCCGCCCCAGCCUCCACCAGCCUCUUCCUCUAUCCAGCAGGGUCGUAUCCGGGCUGUGGAGGUCGCAAGAGGAAGAACAGGGUAUGGCUUCACACUGUCAGGCCAAGGUCCAUGUGUCCUCAGCUGCAUCCUGAAAGGCAGCCCUGCAGACUAUGUCGGUCUGCGUUCAGGAGACCACAUUCUCUCAGUCAAUGACAUCAAUGUCUCCAAGGCGUCGCAUGAAGACGUGGUCAAGCUGAUCGGACGCUGCUCUGGUGUCCUGAAGCUGGUCAUCGCUGAGGGGGAACGUCACAGGCGGCACCAUCACCACCAACGCGCUGCAGCAAGUCGUCACCAGAGCAGCAACGCAAUGGCAGCGUCUUACCUGGACUCAUGCUCGAGUGACGAUGAGUUGGAUGGUUUCUAUGACAACAGCGUCAACAACAACAAUAACAGCAGGCCAGGCGGUGGAGCCCGUGGGGGCUGGUACAAACCCAAACUGGAUUCUAAGCAGCUGGGCAUCAACAGGGCAGAGAAGGUUGUGGCAGAGCUUCAGUCCGGAGGAAUUUUCAACAUGAUCUUCGAGAACUCCAGCCAGUCCUCCAGCAGCUCAGACAAGGACAGACCUGGACCCAGCUCGUCUUCAAAGCCACGUCCGCUGUCUGACCCAGAGUUCCCUCCGUAUCAGACCGCCUCCCGUUCCCAGAGCAACCCCAACCUGCUCUCUGAGGAGGAGAUGGCCCAUGUUCUGAAUGACGACUCAGUCUUCCUGGACGCAGACUUCCGUCAUCUCCACCUUCAACAACACGAGCAGGAGCCAGAGUUGGAUGUGGGAGAUGGGGGCGACUUUGGCCUAGAGCCCAGCGAGGGCAUUCUCAACGUGGGCAUGAUUGUUGGCUAUCUGGGCUCCAUUGAGCUGGCUUCCAUAGGGGCCAGCUUAGAGAGUGACAGCCUGCAAGCCAUCAGAUGCAGCAUGAGGCGCCUUCGUGCCGAGCAGAAGAUCCACUCACUGGUUCUUAUGAAGGUGAUGCAUGACAGCGUGCGUCUUUGCAGUGACAGAGGUCAGGUUCUGGCCACCUAUCCUGCAGAGAAACUGGCCUUCAGCGCCUGCUGUCCUGAUGACCGUCGAUUCUUCGGACUGGUCACGAUGCAGGCCACCGAUGACCACGACGACUGUCCCUUCAGCAACGGACGAGAUGAAGAGGGCAGUUUGAGGACUUCCUGUCACGUGUUCAUUGUGGACCCAGAGCUCUGUCACCACCAGGUCCAUUUAGGUGUAGCAAGAAGGUUUGGCUUCGAGUGCACCCCCGACCCAGACACAGGAGGCUGCCUGGAGUUCCCACCCAGUUCUCAGCCUCUCCUCCAGUUUGUCUCCGUCCUCUACCGGGACAUGGGGGACAACAUAGAGGGAGUCCGUGCCCGGGCCUUCCACGAUCCAGACAACGACGCCCAGCAGAACCACAGCACCAGCAGCAACAGCGACAGCGGGAUCGGCAACUUUUUACCAGAAGAGAAAAGCAACAGAGUGCUUCUAGUGGACCUCGGAGGUCCUCCUAACCACAACCACGUCUCUGGGCCGCGCCACUGGGACAGCCCACCUUCAUCCCAGCAGGCCUGGAGCCCCACCCUCGGAGCUGCAGCCCCUCACCCACCUCCUCCUCCUCUGCCGGCUCUGAGAAAUGGCCACUACCGUCACGAGCCACACCUGGCUGACCUCCCUCACCCUCUCCCCUUGGCUCACCCCGAUGUCCCCGGCAGGCACUCUCGAGGAGCCCACCCACACCACUACUCGCAAGGGAAGCGGGGAGGAGCUGUAGGGGGAGGAGAAAAGAGAGGGAGUGGAGGAGUAGGUGCAGGGGUGGAGUCGCAGCGGUGGCUGCCAGUCCAUGUGCUGAGGGACUGGCGUCAGCAGCACCACCACAGCCACCUCCAGGGCCUGAGCAGCGACCAGGAGUCCUACGCCGAAUCCACCGACGGAUGGUCAUCAGCUAACUGCAGCACCCUGCCCCCACCCAUGAGUAAGAUCCCGGCCGACCGCUACCGGGCCCCACUGGCCCCCGGGGACCACCUGCCACCACCUGUGGGGAGCCAACCUCCUCCUCCUCCUCCACCUCCCCACUCCCACACCCACCGGCUGGCUGUUCAGAAAGAUGAGUGGGCAAAGAAGCUAUUCGGUGCUGGGGAGAGAGCUGGAGCAGAGAGAGGAGAAAGAGAGAAGAAACGAGGGAAUUCAAAGGAGGGAGAGAAAAAGGGUGGUCGGUUCAGAGGUCUGACCAUGGGCUUCCCUCCUCUCCCCCAUCGCUCCUCAGCCAGACGCUCCUUUGGACGCUCCAAACGUCUCAGCCUGGCCCGCUCUCUGGAUGACCUGGAGUCCACUGCAGUCUCCGAUGGAGAACUUAACAGCGUGGAGCUGCAGGGCUGCAGCAGCGACAACAGUCUGAACAGUAAUGCCAGCCUGCCCAGCGUUCAGAGCCACCGGCGCCACACUGAGAGGAGAGUGGCCAGCUGGGCUGUCUGCUUCGAGAGGCUGCUCCAGGACCCUGUGGGAGUCCGCUACUUCUCGGAGUUCCUAAAGAAAGAGUUCAGUGAGGAGAACAUCCUGUUCUGGCAGGCUUGUGAGUUCUUCAGCCACGUCCCUGAGAAUGACAAGAAGCAGCUCUCUCAGCGUGCCAGGGAGAUCUACAACAGCUUCCUGUCCAGCAAGGCCACAACACCGGUCAACAUAGAUAGUCAAGCCCAGCUCGCUGACGACAUACUCAAUGCCCCCCGACCUGACAUGUUUAAGGAGCAGCAACUGCAGAUCUUCAACCUGAUGAAGUUCGACAGCUACACGCGGUUCCUUAAGUCUCUGCUGUACCAGGAGUGCAUGCUGGCAGAGGUGGAGGGGAGGCCCCUGCCAGACCCUUACCACAUCCCCAGCAGCCCCACCUCCAAACACAGCACCACUGGCUCCGACCGCUCCAAUCUCUCCACACCCAAGAAGGAGGACAAAAAAAGCAAGUCGGGCAGGUCUUUAAAUGAUGACAGUCGCGAUGAUUCCGGAGACCGAAAGAAAGGCAUGUUCUUCUCCUGGUCUCGCAACAGGAGCUUCGGCAAAGGCCCGAAGAAACGAGAGCUGGCAGACUUCAACUACAAUUUCUCUGGCAGCAAUGGUCGCCGUGAAUCCCAGGGCUCGCUGUCUUCAGGAGCAAGUCUGGAGCUGGGGACGUCAGGGUCGGGGAGGACCGAGGGUGAUGUUUCCCGUGCCGCAGUAUCAGCAACAACAGAGCGCGGAGGAGGCAGCGCCCCCUUGAGGCAGUGCAACAUAAGUUUGCCGGACGGUUCAUGUUGCUCUGUGCCUCUGAGGGCGGGAGUGUCUAUCAGGGACCUGCUGCUGGGCCUCUGUGAGAAGCUCUGCAUCAACCUGGCAGCUAUAGACCUCUUCCUGGUCGGAGGGGAGAAGCCACUUGUUUUAGACCAAGACUGUAUGACAUUGUGCUCUCGGGACCUCCGACUAGAAAAACGCACUCUCUUCAGACUCGACUUGGUCCCUAUUAACCGCUCGGUGGGCCUAAAAGCAAAGCCCACCAAGCCGGUGACUGAGGUCCUCAGGCCUGUGGUGGCCAAAUACGGCCUGCACCUCGCUGACUUGGUAGCACGCAUUAGUGGCGAGUUGGAGCCAUUAGAUCUAGGUCUUCCUAUAUCUAAUCUGGACGGGCUGCGAGUGGUAUUAGAUAUUGCAGAAAACACCCCUGGAAAAGCAGACAAACAGAAACCAGCUCCCUCUAAGGGCCUCGUCCCGGCCUCGACAAGCAGAAACCAAUCGACAACAGGGGAGGACAGGCCGUCAGGGAAAGCCGGUCCAGCCCACCCCCAUGGGGAAAACGGCAAGACUGGGCCCAGCCCUGACACAAGCAGCAAGCCCUUACCCAACCACUCUGUCUCUCUCCAUAAGGCUCCGGAGAAAAGAAAGCAGAAAAAGAUUAAUAUAGACGAAGCUGAAGAGUUCUUCGACCUAAUAUCCAAAGCUCAGAGCAACCGAGCAGACGACCAGCGAGGCCUGCUAAACAAAAGCGACCUGCAGAUCCCAGACUUUCUGCGCCUGUCGCCAGUGGCAACCAACCAGGCUGCACCUCCUCCCUACUUCUCUGAGCCCAGUUGUUCCACCCCUUAUUCCCUUAACCCCAACAACGGCAGCUUCCCUAGCAACGGUCGCCGGGGCAAUAAGGUGAACAGCAACGACAGGGGAGGCAGCACCCACUUGCUCAACGCGAGCCAUCAGUCCCAGAGCUUGGACUCUGCAUUGGGAACUGAGAGUGGAGGGGGGAGGAAAGCCAGACAACCUCCUCCGUUUCCUGGCACCAUCUCCCCCAUCCACCCUUCCCAGGGUGCCCAGCGUGGUCUCCUCCAGGACUCCUGUAGGGGAGAAUCGGUCCAGAUGCUGGAGGAGGACACGCUGUCUGAUCUGACUCUUGUAGGAGAGGCGGACAUUGACAGCCCCAGCCUCAACUACGUCAUUCCCUCAGCCCUACAGUGCAAAGCCCAACCCCACCCCCGACCCCAACAACAAGCACAGGGCGGUCGGCCUAGCUCAGGUACAUCCCCAGUGUGAACUCUAAAAACUUUUGAACUUUCACCUCUUCCUUCACCUGACUGUAAGCGGGACUGGAGACCCAAUAAAGUCAGUUUGAAGUUCACAGUCGGCCCAGAAUGCAUCCAGAUCUCCUCCCUUUAUUUCAUAAAUCACUUUCUGUUACUAUUGUAAAAUAGAGUAAGGUAAAAGAUUGAGCCUUCAUCACGUGCCGUAGAAAUGAGUGUUAAUUUAGUCAAAAAGUGGAAUAUAGUGAUGUAUCUACUGCCUUCAACAGUCAAGGACAGCCUGAAUACAAACUAGGUCAGACACAUAAAGAGAGGAAAUGAAUGGAUGCAUUAGGCUUGAACAGAACUUGUCCAGACAUUUCACUGCGUGGUUUGUAUCUGUGUGAAUUUCUGAGCGCUGUGGAUUAUUUCUAGAGACGUGAGCACGAUGACCAGUGCCAAACCCCCCCCCACCUCCCCUCCUCUCCAGUGUACAGAAUCUAACAAUGCACUUUAGCCAAUUACAAACAAGACUUCACACAUCUUUACACAUUUUAAAAAACAUUUU